CCAGGAGUAAGUUGUAACUCUAUUGCUGGUGUCUGCGCAAUGUCUAUAAUUUGCACAAUUUUGAAUUCAAUGUUUGCUUCCGGACCUGGAACGUACGUGGCAAGUAAAUUUGAGCCACAUUCUUGACACACUCCUUCGUUGACCAUGAGCGGCUUCAGGUUCUUGAAUUUGGUUCGGCCUUUCCUUCCAUUCCUCCCCGAAGUUUCUUCUCCCGAACGUAAAGUCCCGUUCACCCAAAAAAUAUCAUGGACCGCUGUCACUCUCCUCAUCUUCUUGGUGUGCAGUCAAGUCCCACUAUACGGCAUCAUGUCAUCCGAUUCGUCUGAUCCCCUAUACUGGAUGCGUGUUAUCCUUGCUUCGAACCGAGGCACUCUCAUGGAGCUUGGCAUCAGUCCUAUCAUUACUUCUGGAAUGAUUAUGCAACUUCUUGCUGGAGCAAGUCUCAUCGACGUCGAUUUCAGCUUGAAAGAGGAUCGCGCACUCUUCGGUGCUGCCCAAAAAUUGUUUGCACUUGUGAUUUCUCUCGGACAAGCUACCGUCUAUGUCCUUACAGGAUUGUACGGCCAGCCACGCGAGCUUGGUGCCGGCGUUUGCCUCCUCUUAAUCUUGCAGCUGGUUUUUGCUGCUCUCCUCGUCAUUCUCCUUGACGAGCUUCUGCAGAAAGGCUAUGGCCUUGGUUCUGGCAUCUCGCUUUUCAUUGCCACCAAUAUUUGCGAAUCAAUAAUUUGGAAAGCUUUCAGUCCCACCACCGUGAACACCGGCCGUGGUCCAGAGUUCGAAGGCGCGAUUAUCGCUCUUUUCCAUCUUUUGUUCAGUUGGAAUGACAAAUCUCGUGCGCUUAAGGAGGCAUUCUGGAGGGAUAGGCUCCCCAACAUUUCCAACUUGAUUGCCACUGUUAUUGUGUUUGCUCUGGUUAUUUAUCUCCAAGGUUUCCGUGUGGAGAUCCCCGUCAAGAGUAACCGAUUCCGUGGGCAGCGCGGGGCAUAUCCGAUCAAACUCUUCUACACCAGCAAUAUGCCCAUUAUGCUUCAGAGCGCUCUGACGAGCAAUAUUUUCAUCGUUAGUCAAAUGUUGUAUAAUCGUUUCCCCGAUAAUAUCUUCGUCCGACUCCUCGGCGUUUGGGAGCCAAUCGAGGAAUCCGCUCAACUAGCUGCCAAGUCUGGUAUUGCGUACUAUUUGUCGCCACCUCAUUCUCUCAAAGAAUUUAUCGUCGACCCUAUUCACUCUACUUUAUACAUUGUAUUCAUGGUUUUGGCAUGCGCCAUGUUCUCCAAGACUUGGAUUGAAGUAUCUGGUUCCGGACCCCGCGAUGUUGCUAAGCAACUGAAGGAGCAACAAAUGGUCAUGGCGGGUCAUCGUGAAGGAAGCGUGUACAAGGAACUGAAGCAUAUCAUUCCUACUGCUGCUUUCUCUGGAGGGGCGAUUCUUGGUCUUCUCAGCGUCGCAGCGGACCUCAUGGGUGCCAUCGGAAGCGGAACUGGAAUUUUGAUGGCAGUUACGAUCAUUUACAGCUACUGGGAAAUUGGUAUGCGGGAAUCUCAAGGUCCUGAAGUGGCAGCGUUUGGGGAGCUUUUGGGCUAAGACAGCCAUGUCGCCGAGUUCAGAAUAUGGGCUGUUGUUGAGUCGAGGCCCAUGUAGUCGUUUGCCCCGCCUUGGUUAUUCUUCCAUUGAUCGGUCGUGCAUCAUAUUAAUCAUAUUCGGCACAGGGUUCAAGUUCAAUAGCUAUCGAUCACUUUGCAACUGAGGCAUUGGUUUUCAGUGACAAGUAUCAUCUAUGUUCACCCUAGGCUUGGGGGAUCAUAUAGAUGUGUUCUUGAUUGAUGGGG